AUUUCACGUAUCGGGCACACGGCAAAGUGCUCGUGGGAGCUUAAAAGGGGUGGGGAGCGAGUGACGUUCUCCAUCAUCUCGACUUUUUCGAAUAAGAAAAGAAACUCCACUGCAGCAGCACUGCCAUCUUUCCCCUCUCUCUUUCUUUCUUUUUCUCUCUCUCUCUCUCUUUGCGGUGUCUCUGCCGAACCGGAGAGGGGCCGACAAAUGAAAAGGAGGCGGAGGAGGAGAUGGAGAUGCCGAUGCCGAUGACGAUGCCGAUGCCGAUGAUGGACCGGAUUAGCCCGUAGAGAGGAAUCGGAUUGCUUUGCCGGAACAAGAGAUUUCGACGACGACGACGACGACGACGACGACGAAUAGGGAAGGAAAAAGAUGCGGACGAUCUGCGACGUGUGCGAGAAUGCUGCCGCGAUCUUCUUCUGCGCCGCCGACGAGGCCGCUCUGUGCCGCGCUUGCGACGAGAAGGUUCAUCUGUGCAACAAGCUGGCGAGUCGGCAUGUGCGCGUCGGGCUCGCCGAUCCUAGUGAGGUCCAGCGUUGCGAUAUAUGUGAGAAUGCCCCCGCCUUCUUUUACUGUGAGAUAGAUGGUAGUUCCCUCUGCCUGCAAUGCGACAUGCUCGUGCAUGUUGGCGGCAAGAGAACCCAUGGGAGAUAUCUCUUACUGAGGCAGAGAGUCGAGUUUCCUGGGGAUAAACCUGGUCGAUUAGAAUCGCAAACGCCUAAUCAGAAUGAGGUGAAGAGGGAGAAAGAUCAGCCACAUAAGCUUGCAAUGAAAGAGGUCCAGCAGAAUCACAGGGCAUCUCCAGUACCUGUCGGAGAUGCUAUUUCUAGCGGAGAAGGCAAGAUGCAGGACAAAAUGAUUGAUCUCAAUUCUCGGCCUCAAAGGACUAAAGGGCAGACUUCAAUGAACGAGGAUAUGGACGUAACAAAUGGCUCUAAUCUUGAAUCUGCCGGUGUUGUUCCUGUUGGAUCAUUUGAUAGACAGCCUGAGAUGAAGCAAAGCACAUGAAAAACUUUUGUAGCUUGUUGGGGCAGCAUCUGCACUGUAAUCGCCUGCUUGUCCUGCUCACCAUCUCUGCUCUUUUAGCUGGGAGAUUCACUUAACUUUCUGAAGGAAUAAGGAUGCUUGUGUUAUGGUGAGAGAAGGGAUUUCAGACGAUUCUGAUGUGUCACAGAAUGUUCUAAUGUGCUACAACCUAGUCAACAGAAUCAACUCUUGGUACAUGGUGGCUUUUGUCAGCUUCAUUUUUAAUGGACACUCUGUGAUGAUAGAAUAACUUUUGGCAUCCAAGAGCAAGUAGCAAACACAUUUAGUCGACUGAUUGUUUAGCAUCCACUUUUAGGUACUCAUCUGGCAAGAGAUUUUUCUCUGAAACUUGUGUUUUGUCUAUCAUGCUUGUUUCAGUUGGCGUGGGGCCUAUGUCUCUUUUUCAAGGGAUAAUAUGAGAGUUAUCCUAGAAGGAAUUGAUGGGAUGUUGAAUAUUAAAUUGCAGAAAACUUUUACUACUCUUUUGAUUCCUUCACCUUGCAUAAACUUAAGGAUUGGCGUAGCUUUCAUCAGUUUUUGCACGGACAAUAGAUAAAUUGCCAGGGAAUGAAGUGAAUUUUCUAAUUGGAUGGCGAAGAUUCAUUUUGAAUCAGGUUAGUUUGUGAAGUAUAAUGCCAUUUUAAAUGGACAGUAGAUUGUAAAUUCUGUUUCCACCCAUUCUUAAUGCUGAGGUGUUGAAGCAAUUUGCUUAGAGCUGGAAGUCAUGCAAACUUCGAUGUGAAACCAUAUCAAUUCUCUUCAUUUUAAGGUCUAGUUUGGUCAGGUUGCUGGUGCCAUUCAGUCACAGUUCAGACUGAGGGGAGAAAAACAGUCAAGAGGAUGCAUUAAGCAUUAGAUGUCUGAUGUUAUUGCUUUUUAAGUUUAUUAUGCACCUGUCUUGAAAUUAUGAGAA